CUUCAAAUGGUCUAUAACCUGAUCAUCACAAGUUCUUCUAUAACUAAUUUUCUGGUUUCGAACCACUGUAAGUACUACCACGUACUAGGGUUUGGGAGAUGGCUUCCAAAAGCUCUGUCUCACUGGCUCUAUUCUUCUCACUCAAUCUUCUCUUCUUUGCACUUGUCACUGCAUGUGGCAGUGGCACAUGCCCUGGUCCAAGGUCAAGGAACCCAAACAACCCGAACCCAAACAACCCGAACCCAAAUAAUCCGAACCCAAACCCAAAUAACCCAACCCCGAACCCCAACCCUUCCCGGGGUUCAUGCCCUAGGGAUGCCCUAAAACUUGGAGUAUGCGCUAAUUUGCUCGGCGGUUUGCUUAACGUUACCUUAGGCAACCCUCCGGUAACUCCUUGCUGCACUCUCAUCCAAGGCCUUGCUGACCUUGAGGCUGCUGUCUGUCUUUGUACUGUCAUCAGAGCUAAUAUAUUGAACAUCAACCUCAACAUCCCAAUUUCUCUCAGUUUGCUUCUCAAUGUUUGUUCAAGGAGAGCUCCAUCUGGAUUCCAGUGUGCGUAGAAUUAGUACAAAUCUCGUUUCUUAUUAUUGUAUGUCCAUUGCUUUAAUUUCCCUUGUUUGAAACUAUAAUAUUCUAGAUCUAUUGUUAUGUGAGUGGUGUGAGUGAGAAUUUCCAGUUUUAAUUGCUUGCUACAUAUAGUUGCUUUCGGAUUUGAGGGAUUAUAAUAAUGAAUAAGUCUCCUUACUGAUGUUCGCUUGUGUACUUUUUAUGCAUGAGAAAUGGAAUAUCAUUAUCUUUCUUUCGAUCGUC